AUGCAUCAUGAGUGUGAUAUAAACCAGGAACCGAUUACAGAGAAUAUCAUCAAUAAAGACAUGGAUCCUGGAGAAAGAGGAUGUGAAAGCCCACUGCAUGUAAGAAACAUCAUUGGUCAUUCAUCCUCACAUGGCUAUCUCAGAGACCAAACCACAGGGACACCGUCUGUAUGGAAGAAAGCUAUGGCAAAAGCUUUUAUACGUCAGGAACAUUGGAAAAAUACCCAUCAUUCUGGAGUACUUGAAACUUCUCAGGAGAAACCCUGUGAGAGUCAAGAAUAUAAUGAACCCUGUGGGAGUCUCAGUUUGGAUCAGCCUCAGGAGGGAACUCACACUGGAGUUACACUCAAUGACAAUGACUUAAGGGGACACACACAUGUUCAGAACGAUGAAGGAAUCCAUAAAGAAGUGAAACAGUUUGUAUGUAAGCUCUGUGAUGAAUCCUUCAUUGAUUCCAGUGACCUAAACAACCAUGAAAAAAGUCAUAUUGGACAGGAAAGGUACAGUGGUAGGCAGUGUGGCAAAACAUUUAAAAAUGCAAAACGUACAAAAGGGAGGAUUUAUACUUGUAAGAAUUGUCAAAAAACUUUUACAUCCUCCACUGUUCUGAAGAAACAUAUAAGGAUUCACACUGGAGAGAAGCCUUAUGUUUGUAAGCAUUGUGGAAAAGCAUUUACCACCUCCAGUAAUAUGACUGUUCAUGAAAGGAUUCACACUGGAGUGAAGCCUUAUGCUUGUAAACAUUGCGGAAAAGCCUUCAGCCAGUCCAAUAAUCAUAAGACUCAUGAAAGGACUCACACUGGAGAGAAGCCUUAUACUUGUAGGCAUUGUGGAAAAGCCUUCGGUGACCUCAGUAGUCAUAAGGGUCAUGAAAGAAGGCACACUGUAGAGAAGCCUCAUGUUUGUAAGCAUUGUGGAAAAGCCUUCAUCCUGCCCAAUAGUCUUAAGCUACAUGAAAGGGUUCACACUGGAGAGAAGCCUUAUUCAUGCAGGCAUUGUGGGAAAGCCUUCAGCAUGUCCUAUUAUCAUAAGAAACAUGAAAGGAAUCAUACUAGAUAG